GUGCGUUUGACAACUUCAUGAACUUGUGCAAAUGUUUGGCGCAUUUUCAAUGUGCAUUCGUGCAUUCAUUGUUUCAGUGCGAAAGUGAUGUAAUUGAGGUUAUACUUGAUAGUUUUCGGCAUUUAAUUACAUGAUUUCCUUCUCUGAUUGUGCAUUAACCUAACAUAUUAAAUAACUAUUUUACAAAAAUAUUAUUUACAAAAUGUUACGUCGUACCAGCCAGAGCCUGUUACGACUUCAAAUACUUAGAAGCAGGCAAAUCAAUAUUUGUGUAAUUCCAGUAAGAUGUUCGAUGGCGGUUGAAUACAGAAAUUUCAGUUGUGGUUUAGAAAGGAAUAAGAACUUAAUCUACAACUAUAGCACAAGUAGUAAUGCAAAAAGUUUGGAAUUUGAGAAGGCUUGUGUGGAAACUUUAGAGUCGCUCAAUGAUUAUUUUGAAGAAUUAGUGGAGAAUUCAGAACACUUGAAAAGUGCUGAUGUCUCAUAUUCGGAUGGUGUGUUAACUAUUAACUUUGGUGAACCAUAUGGAAGCUACGUAAUCAAUCGUCAAUCACCAAAUCAACAAAUUUGGCUGAGUUCGCCUACUUCUGGGCCAAAACGUUAUGAUUUUAUAGCAGAUGGUUCUGGUUAUUGGCUAUACAAACAUGAUGGAAUGUCAAUGCAUGAAUUAUUACAAAAAGAAAUUGAACUUAUAGUAAAAUCUAAAGUGGACUUUAUGAAUUUAGCUCAUGGAAGCAGAUAGACUGAUCUAAAUAGGGAAACAUAUAAAUAAUCAUUUAGAAUAUUAGGUCUUUCAAAUUUUACAAUAUCAUUUUAAUAAAAUAUCAUCAUGGAGGUAAUGGAAGAAGGCAACCUCAUGGACAGAGUUCCAAUCUUAU